AUGGAGAAGGCUGAGGAGAUGGAGAGAGGGGGGAGGGACAGGGAGGGUUUGGGGGAGAGGGAGGGUUUGGCGGGGAAGGAGAUUUGGGCGGAUCUGGGGACGGGGAGUGGGGCUAUCGUUGUGGCUUUGGCUCGGGAAUUACUCAAGAGGAGGGAGAAAAGGGAGCAGCAAUGCAGGGAGGGCAGAGGAGAGAGGAGCGGGGAUGGAGAGAGGAGAGGGGAUGGAGAGAGGAGAGGGGAUGGAGAGGGUGGGGGGAUGGGAGAGCGAGGAGGGUUAGGAGAAGAGGUGGUGGUGGUGGCGGUGGAUGCGAGUGCAGUGGCGUGUGAGGUGGCGACAUUGAAUGCGGCGAGAUAUGGGUUACAGGUGAGAAUGCUGCCAAAACCCCUAAACCUGGUGGACGGGGAAGGGGAAGGGAUGGGAGAGGAGGUGGUGGUAUUGGUGGCGGACGCGAGUGCAGUCGUGUGUGAGGUGGCGGCAUUGAAUGCGGCGAGAUACGGGCUACAGGAACGCGUAUACGUGACAUGCGGUGAUUGGUUCAUUCCUCUUUAUACGAGCAUGCGUGGUUUGUUGCAUGGCAUAGCGAGCAACCCCCCAUACAUCCCAUGCCAUCUGCUGCCCUCCCUGCUAACGCAGUUCCUCUCCUCACUCCCUUUCCAAUUCUUCAGGAACACAUACACGUGGCACAUGGUGAUUGGCCCGCGCUCCUCCAUAAGAUGGGCAUGCAUGGUAAAUUGCAUGGCAUAG